ACAAUUUAGUCUUAGAAUGUGUUGGAAAUAAUAGUUAAAGAAAACUGAUUGAAUUGUUUUAUUUUUUUUGCACUGAAGUUAUCCUCUGUACUUUUUGAAGCUGGUGUUUGUUUUGUGUCAUUUAGAAUGAUUGUAAUUAAGAACGUGGGGUCUCAAACCCCGGUCAGGACUAAGAGACAGCGGGCGAACAGGAUCAAGUGGGGCUUCCUGUUGGGCCUGAUGGUGUUCAUCUAUGGUUCUCAUGCGCCGCUUAUCACUCUCACCAAAGUAGACGGUCAAGUCCCAUUCAACGCCUCCUCCUGCGUCCUCAUGAUUGAGCUGGCCAAGCUGCUCAUCUCCCUGCUGAGCCUCGUUUUCACAGGCUCCACAUCGAUACCGUGGUCUCCCCCACGUCUCAUUGCCCCUUACGCGAUCCCUGCUGUGCUGUACACCUUAAACAACAACCUGGUUGUCAUCAUGCAGGCCUACAUGGACCCAAGCUCAUUUCAAAUACUCUCUAAUCUGAAAAUAGCUUCGACCGCUCUGCUGUACUCCGCCUGUCUGGGGAAGAGGCUGCGGUCUAAGCAGUGGUUCGCCCUGGGGCUCCUCAUGGCUGCGGGGGGCUUCCACAGCUACAGCAGCCUGGAUCUACAAGGCCCUGAGACGAUUGAUGUCGAUGAAGGUCCCAGACUUCACAUCACUGCUUGGGGACUUUUCCUUGUGCUGGUUUACGCCGGUGUGUCGGGGCUGGCAGCAGUUUACACAGAGAGGGUGCUGAAGAGCCAAAGGUUGCCCCUCAGCGUACAGAACCUCUACCUCUAUAUGUUUGGAGUGGCAAUCAACGGGGUGUCCUCUCUCUCCUCCAUAGGAAGUGACCAAGGGUUUCUGGAGGGCUACUCGGGGGUGGUGUGGGCUAUCAUCGCAGGACAGGCAGCAAAUGGACUUCUGAUGUCUGUGGUGCUCAAACACGGUAGCGGCAUCACCAGACUGUUUGUCAUUUCCUGCUCCAUGCUGGUUAAUGCGCUGCUGUCCUGGGCCAUCUUAGGCUUACAGCUCACUGCUUUGUUUCCUCUACCUUGUACUCUGAUUGGCUUGGCAGCUUACCUUUAUUACGGAUAGCAGAGGGUUCAUUAGAGACCUGCGUGUUUGGCUUCAGAGGAGCUUCAAACAAAGGCUGCCAGUUGUGGUCCUUAACGUUUGAGAUUAUUUUACUGGUACUGUGCAAUUUAAAAGUAUCCAUUUCUCUCGAACACAUUUUAUCAAAUGAGUGAAGUGAGUGGAAAACGAUGUAAUGUUAUUAUACACAUAAAAUAUGAAAGGUAGGACUUUUGUUUGAAACGUGAUUCAAUAAAUGAAUCACGUUUUGGGGCAGCUGCAGCUCUUUUGGGGUUAUCAAGCAGUGCUACAUCUAGAAACACUUUUACUCUUCUCUAGUUGAAACUCACUCAGAUCAGAAGCAGAGCUUGCCACAAAUUAGGUCUGGACUUUCACUGGACCGUUAUAUACAUUUGUAGAACAUUGUUAUGCAUAGGUUUGAGAUUUUAGUCCAGCUGGGAACCUCCUCUUCAGUCUCAGGUAUUGUAAAGCCUCUGACAGGCCUGGUAUGUUAUCUAAUUCCAUUUCAUUUUCACAAAAACUCUUAACCAUCAUCCCUGCUCCUACUAAAGCAUCACCAACAGUGUGGGUUACCAUGAGGAUCUUGUUUUAAAGCUGAUGUGCAAUCAUGGUGUUUGGCAAAUAAUUUUAUUUAACCAAAGCACCUUAAACAUGUUUGCUCUCUCUCCCAAGUGGCUUAUGUUAUACUUCUUAUAACUUUAUUUCAACAAUGACUCCUUCUGAAACUCUCUUGUAAAAUGGCCUGAUUUGCAAAGUGCAUGACAAAUCCUUUUAAUAGGUUGUUGCACCUGAGCUAUGGAUCCCUAUAGCUCCUCCAGAGUUACAAUGGGAUUCUUGACUGCUUUUCUGAUCAAAGUUCUGCUCCAUCAGACUUCCAAAACUUUAAUCUUCACACCGAGGUUGGUCCAUUGCUUAAAAUCCUAACAAAAUACAGACAUUGAAGCUGACGUGUGAAAAAAUGUGGAGCAUCUUAAGGGAUAUAAGCACUUUUGCUGGGCAUUGUCUGGUUUGUGUUUUAUUUAGCCUUUAUGUUAUCUGCCUUCUAAAACUGAACUCCUUUAGUCCUUUACUUUAUUUACUGCAGAUGCAGACGUGUUAUCACUUAUACAUUUGAGAAGUGACUCAAAGAACGAGCUGACAGAAUGAAUCAAAUGUUGGGUUUUGUCUGCUACACAGUUACAUUGUUGCAGAGACAUGCUGCGAGGAUCCAUAAUCAUAAACCAAAUCAUCUUUAAAGCACAACAUCAGGGAUAAAAUGUUACAUGUUGCGUUUAUGACCAAUAAAGUUUCUGAAUCAUUUACCAA